AUGGAUCUAUGGAACAGAAUAAUCAGAUCGCAACAGCAACCUUACACCCCGAUUCCCGGAACUUUUCCCCCGCAAAAUAACGACUCACAGAAUGGCGAUGAUGUGGAAGCUAGCCAUAGAACCCUGGGUCAAAAAAUAAUGCGAAUAGUACUGUUGGUUCCGCUGACCAUCGCGUACUACGUGCUUAAUUUAAUUCUGUUUUUAUUAAAUUGGCUACGACCUCUAGCCAAAGUUCAGGGGUUCUAUGAUAGGAAGACUAAGCAUAUGCAAAAUCACGUCGAUGAGCUGUCGCGUUUACUGGAAACCUUGGGAAGGGACUAUGAGAGCAGUCAUUCAACUCAAGAAGUCGCUGAGGGCUCACCCCUGCAGGACAGCUACAGUUUUGAUUCUCUUUAUGGAAUCGAGGGCGGAUCAUUGACGAGCCAUGUGGUUCAAGAGGGUUACAUGUCGCUGCUGGAUACUGUCUCUCAGGAAGCUAAAUUUGGAAUAGUCUACUUGCACAACCCUCUAAUCGAUGACCCUAUAAAGUACAUUCGCCAGAUCCUCUGCACAGAGAAAUUCGUGUCGCUGGUGAAAAAGUACCAAAUAUUGCUGUGGUUCGGCGACAUUACUACGAAGGAGGGAUUGCAAGUGGCCAAUGCUUUGAAAACGCGGCAAUCACCAUUUUUAGGACUUAUAAGCAUCAAGGCUGGGAGUAAGAUAGAAAUGAUAGGGCGAAUGCAGGGCGCUGUGAUUGGCAACCCACUCUCGGCUUUUGAGGCUGUUCUUGCCAAACAGUAUGGAAAACUCAUAGAGUUACGUCAGCAGAGACAGAACGCGCAGUUGCAGCGGUUGAUGCGUGAACAACAAGAUGCGCGCUUUGCUGAGUCUUUAAGGCGUGAUCAGGAGCGUGACCAGCAGCGCUCUCGCGACCGUAUGCAAGAGCAAGAACGCCAAACACAGCAGCAGCGUCAGGAGGAACUCAGGGCUGCUUGGCUGCUGUGGAGAAAAUAUCAGCUUCGCCCUGAGCCAGGUGCUUCCGAUGGGGCUGCGCGGCUGGCCAUACGGAUGCCCGAUAAUAUUCGAGUAACGCGCAGGUUUGAUGCAGAGCUUCCAAUCGAAGAAAUAUAUGCAUUUGUGGAACUUUACAAGCAAGGGCUAUUGGGUACGGAUGGCUCUGCACCUGCUGCUGCAAGUGCAGCGGUCAAUGACGAACCUGAUUACCAUUACGCUUACCCCUUCCGAUUAAUUACGCCCGUUCCACGAGUUGAGUUGCAACCCUCUACACUCAUCAAAGACGCAAGCACCGUGUACCCGUCUGGUAGUAUCGUCGUGGAAACAUUGGAUUAA